UGUUUAAUCUCUGAAAAGGAAUUCUGAGCACGAAUUCCGGGAUCUGAAAACCUUUUUCAGGUGAAAAAGCAACUAAGACAAGAGAACAACUUAAUUUUGCAGAUAGAAAGAAGUUUCUUUCUUUUAAUUGGCAACUUAUGUGAAUCUUCUCAUUAUUUGAUCGAUCCAAUGGCUGUGAAAAUGUAUAGCCCCGUGGAAGCACCGUAAUACAUGCCAGUAUAGAGAGAAUGGAAGUGAAGAACUGAAGAUGGUCUCAUCGUCGUUGAGACUCCGCUUAUGCGGGGAGCAGAAAGAGGACAUGCAAAUUGUUGACUUACUAAACGGCGGCGAUGACUACGACGGAGGCGACGACUGCGACAUGACGAAGAAGAGAGUCUGCAGUGGUGAUGUUAGGUGUCGUUCGUCAAGGUCGAUUCUGUUUCGUUGGUUUUCUUUGUUCAAGCGAGGGUCCAACAAGGAGCAGAGCAGCAACUCCAGGCGCAGCGUAGCGUCGUCGAAGUCCGAGGUGAAGAGAGACAACGAGUGGCAGGGGAGACGAAAGAAGGAGAGAGUAGGAGUUAGACGAGCUUUGUCUUUAAGCUGUUCGACGGGUGGAACCAAGGGCGAAUCGUCUUCUUCCAGAUUAGAGGAGACUGCCGGAGCUUCUGACAUUGUUGCCCCAUCAGGAAGAUAUAUAAAGGAGCCAUCUUUCAGCUUGGGUCUAGGAGUUGGUCUGGCCUUUCUGCUUGCUGCAACAAAAAAUGAAUACUAUAAGAUGAUUGAGCUUCGGACUCAAAUGGAAACACUUCUUAAAGAAGCUAAAUAUGGACUUUGUAGGAGAGGGAAAAUCUGUAAGCAUUCUGAUUCACAUGGUAACCCCCCUUGUUCGAUUGAAGAGUCACAUGAAGGUGGAAACAUGAAUUACGAUCUUUCAACUCAAAAUUGUGAAUCUUCUAAGCAUCUUGUAGAGGCAGAAAUUACCCUUGAAUGUGGUCAGUGUUCGAAAUCUAAUACAUCCAUAAGGGAAGGUGUAGUGGGAAUGGAUCAGCUGGUGGCAGAGCUUGAAGUUGAAUUAGAACGUUUGCAGCUCAAUUUGGAUACUGGAGUUUUUUCAGGUCAUCCACAAUUGCAAUCAAGAGAGGUGGAUAUUGAUGACACUUCUCUCUCUGAAAGGCAUAGUGCUAGUUUUGGAGAAGUGGACAAUGGACAAGACACUUGUGAUUUGGAGCACUGUGGAGUUUCUCCUAAAGAGCUUGAGAGAAGGUUGCACGAGCUAUUGGAAGAAAGACAGCAACAACGGAUAGCAGAGCUUGAGUUUGCUUUGGAGUGUGCUAAGCACAGACUCCAUGAGAAAGAAAUGGAAGUUUCUUGGUGGAAGGACACUACACAGUACAUCUCUCAGCAUGUUCUAGAAGCCCCACGCUUAUCAAGGUAAGUAAGAUGGUUUUCAAAAAGCCAUUGCAUCAAGAAUAAGCCAUGAUUAAAUGAUGUGCCUGUAAAUCGAUUUUUUGUCAAAGGUGCCAAUUGGCUCAGUUGGUAAAGUUAAUGGAUGUAGUUCCCACUGACCUGGGAUCAAAUCCUGCCUUCACUCUCCCUUCCCCACCUGACAUCCAAGAUUAAAAAAUAAAUCUAUUGUUUUUGUUAUAGUUGAUUUUUAGUCUCCUUUUUGCUUUGUUUUACUUCAUUUAUCUUUUGAUUGCGAGAGGCAACAUCAUGUAAUAUGGUCUGUAUACAAGGAGAUAGUGGAAAACAAGGAGAUGACAAACAGAAAAUGAAGACAUGGGAUUGACUUACACUUUUUUUUUGUUGUAUGGGAUGCUAGGGUGUUAAUGCACUUCUUUUUCAAGUGAUGAACAUGAUGUUUUGUAGUAAAGUUUAUAGUUUAUAUACUUAACAGCA